AUGGGCACGGUGCUGUCGCUGUCCCCCAGCUACCGCAAGGCGCCGCUGUGCGAGGAUGGCGCGGCCGGCGUGGGGCAAUACACCGCGGUGCAGAACAGCAAGAACGCCAAGGAGCGCAGCUUGCGGCGCAACCCCAUCCUGGCGGCGCUGCCCUGGAAGCGCAUCGCCGCCGUCUCGGCCAAGAAGAAACACUCCAAGAAGGUGCAGCCCAGCGGCGGCUACCAGAGCAACGUCGCCCACCUCAACAGCGAGAACCUGAAGAAGUCGCUGUCCUGCGCCAACCUCUCCACCUUCGCGCAGCCCCCCGCGCAGCCCGCGGCCCCGCCGCCGCCGCUCUCCGCGGCCAAGAGCGCAGCGUCCUCCGGCCGCAAAGCGCCGCCCAACCCCAGCGCGGCCGGCACCCCGAAGCGGGUCAUCGUCCAGGCCUCCACCAGCGAGCUGCUGCGCUGCCUGGGCGAGUUCCUGUGCCGCCGCUGCUACCGCCUCAAGCACCUCUCGCCCACGGACCCCGUCUUGUGGCUGCGCAGCGUGGACAGGUCGCUGCUCCUCCAGGGCUGGCAGGACCAGGGCUUCAUCACCCCGGCCAACGUGGUCUUCCUCUACAUGCUGUGCCGGGAUGUCAUCUCCGCCGAGGUGGCCACCGACCGCGACCUGCAGGCCGGCCUGCUGACCUGCCUGUACCUCUCCUACUCCUACAUGGGCAACGAGAUCUCCUACCCGCUCAAACCCUUCCUGGUGGAGAGCUGCAAGGAGGCCUUUUGGGACCGCUGCCUCUCCAUCAUCAGCCUCAUGAGCCCCAAGAUGCUGCAGAUCAACGCGGACCCGCACUACUUCACCCAGGUGUUUGCUGACCUGAAGAACGAGUGCAGCCAGGAGGAGAAGAGCCGGCUCCUCAUCGGGCUGGACCGGUGAGCGCCCCCCGCUGCUGGGACCGGGGCACCUUUGUGGGGCUUUGAUU